AUGGCGCCUAAAUCGAUCGAAGAUAGAGCAACGCCCCAUUUUAAGAAAUUAUUGCAUGAGGUGGCUGCACAUAUAUUUCAUCAAUUCUACACGUGCUACCGAAAUGAUGGCCUUCCUGCACUUCGUUGGCCCGAACAUUUAUCAUUCUUGGCCAGCGGAGACCUUAUAGACGCAGUCGAUGAGCUUUUUAAAAUUAUAGAGCAUGAAGAACACGCUAUUUAUCUAACACUCUAUUAUGCCCGAACACUUUCUCAAAUUAAUUCAACCUUCCAAGUGGAUUUUACGUCUAUCACGCGCUUUAUUGCGAUUGCCAUAAUGCUCGCUCAGAAAUAUCUGGAUGACUGUAGCUGGGAGAAUAAAGUCUGGGCUCACCUGGCCGGUAUUCCCCUCGAAGAGCUUAAUCAAUUGGAAUUGAAGAUAUUUCUCGAUAAAGACUUUAGUCUAUUCAUCAAGAGCGAUAGUUACGACGAAUGGCUUAGACAAUUACGUCAAUAUGUACCUUUAUUACAUGCGUACAAAUGCAUGUCUGAAUUUAAACGUUAUUCUGCAGCAACCAAAAUUUUCUCAACUCUCGGUUAUCGUCAUCCCAACUAUUCGGGAGUAUGCUCUCAAUCGAGUUCACCAUAUACGAGUGAAACUUCAGUAAUUGACUCUCCGUUUAUCGUCGAUUCUCCCUUCGUCGUCGAUGACUCGGUCAUGGUCGAUGAUAAUCGACAAUGGGAUUAUGACCUUUUCACAACCAGUAAUGGACUAGUCGUAGAAGACUACUGUUUAGGCGCGAGCUGUUUGAGUCCUUUUUUGGAGAGACAAUACUCGCACUGCGCUGGCGCAAGUAGCAAGAAUCUGGCAUCCGCUCAGAUUAGAGAGAUUUGGGGAUCGCAGUGUGCAACGAAACACGAAAGCAAUCAUUGCGGAAUUCCAAUGGCUAUCCCCGACCAUCUGCGCCACGUAUGGGAUAUCACGUAUUGA